AUGCAGGCUGUCGUCACCAAGAACAUGACAGUUAUAACGCAGCUGUGGUAUGAGAAGAGCAUGUCCAAAAACCUCAUGAACAAGAUGAAAACUGAAUUCGCCGAUGGGAAGAAUUUAACCAAUUCGGUGUAUGCGGGUCUGAUAGUGUUGUUUUUGCCGUUUGUGUACUCCGAUGAUUGGACGAGAUAUUUGACUUACGACGAAAUAUACAACAGCUCGGACUAUGCACAAAUACGUCACAGCAUGCCAUACAUACCACAAACCCAUAGUUUUAGCCAUAGAAAUAAUCAAAAUAAUCAUAGAAUAAUAGAAACCAAAGGCACAAUAGAGCAACAUAGAUUAAGAGGACCAAAUGAAUUGUCAAGCAAUCAACAACUUUUAGUAGGUUUUUCACAUGAUCCAUAUAGACAUUCUAUACCGGAAGUGGAUUAUGCAAAAGGAGUGAGGAAUAUAGACCCUAACCGGUACGCGAAUAAGAACGAUAAUCGCGGGAAGCGUGGUGUUCUCCACCUUUACAACAUGAUAUUCUGCGCGACCGGCUGCGAACCCUUGGCCUAUAAAGGCUACGGAUGCUAUUGCGGCUUCCUGGGCUCCGGCCGACCCACCGAUGGGAUUGACAAUUGCUGUCGCCUGCACGACGAGUGCUACGAGGACAUCUACUGUCCCUUCUUCACGGUCUACUUCCAGCCGUACUACUGGAAGUGCUACCACAACCAGCCUCUAUGCGCGCUAGAGAACUACCAGACCAGGCACCAGUUCGUCAACGGUUGCGCCGCGCGCCUCUGCGAGUGUGACAGACAGUUCGCGAUGUGCGUGAAGAAAUACUCGUGCCCGAGAGGCCGCGCCCUCUGCUACUCCUCACCGCUUAGACUGCUGCAGAAUCUGCUGAUGUUCAAA